CCGCGGCACACCGCUCAAAGUGUCGUGGGAGCUCGUUUAGGCGUCCCCGAACGCGCCGGAGUGUACGGGAAUGGCGCAGAGCGCGCGGGACUGUCGCUGGCGUGCGUUAUUUUGACUUCGACGCACCUCCAAUGGCGUGGGGGGCCUUAAGGGUUAAUUUUUUUUCCGCCGCCGACAUUUUAUAAACAGUUGCAGCCUCUCGGUCGUGCACGAGACCUGUAAAAAAAAGUUUGAUUAGGCGCGGAUAGAGGGGGUUUUUAUUAACGCACACGUGUAGCGACACACACACACACACACACACACACAAAGUAUCUAAUGCAUCUUCAUUUCACUCCUUCAGUAGAAACACGAGUAAACUGCAGAGCUCAGAUCAACACUUUUAGCGCGCGCGAGCGAGAGUGUGUUUAUGCGUGCAUGCAUAUAAAUCAGAAAGCGAAACACUGUAAAUAUAUGCGCAUUCGUAAACUGUACAUAAGUGCAAGGAGCAUUGAAAGUGUGUGUGUGUUUCUAAGGGCGCUGAAACAGGUGUGUUUGUGUGUGCCUGUGCGCGCGCGUUUUUAAAGGGGAGUAGACUAGAGGCUGGACUUCACUGGUCUCGUUCUCGUCUUUCUUCUGACUUGUGUGUGUGUGAGAGCGCGCGCGUGUGCACAAGCCGCACAUCUGUAAUCAUCAAAAAGGUCAAGGAUGCAUCUUUAUAAUCCACUUCAUCUCUUUUAUCCUGCCAAAGCUUUUAUUUUAAAUAAGAUAUUCACGAGACUCCUUGUGGAGGAACAUGUGGUGCUGAGGAUGAAAACACGCACACAAAGAUGCCAAAAAGCUGCUGUUCAGUAAGGUGUUGUGUAGACGGGUGUGGGCUCCGGUAAAUCUCUCCACCAUGUCAGUGCGGGAGGCUUUUAACCCAGAGAGUUACGAAUUGGACAAGAACUUCAGAUUAACGCGCUUCACAGAGCUUAAAGGCACCGGCUGCAAAGUUCCUCAGGAUGUACUUCAAAAACUUCUGGAGUCUUUGCAGGAGAACCAUUAUCAGGAGGACGAGCAGUUCCUUGGGGCCGUUAUGCCCAGACUGGGCAUCGGCAUGGACACCUGUGUGAUUCCUCUGAGACACGGCGGCCUUUCACUAGUACAGACCACAGACUACAUCUACCCUAUAGUGGACGACCCUUACAUGAUGGGCAGAAUUGCAUGUGCUAACGUCUUGAGUGACCUGUACGCCAUGGGGGUUACCGAGUGUGAUAACAUGUUGAUGUUGUUGGGUGUUAGUAACAAACUCUCAGAAAAGGAGAGGGACAAGGUGAUGCCGCUUAUCAUCCAAGGUUUUAAGGAUGCAGCAGAGGAGGCAGGCACCUCAGUGACCGGCGGUCAGACAGUUGUGAACCCCUGGAUUGUACUUGGAGGCGUGGCCACAACAGUGUGCCAACCGAACGAGUUCAUCAUGCCAGACAAUGCAGUGCCAGGUGAUGUGUUGGUUCUUACCAAACCUCUCGGCACUCAAGUAGCAGUCGCAGUGCACCAGUGGCUGGACAUCCCAGAGAAAUGGAACAAGAUCAAGCUAGUAGUGACACAAGAGGAUGUGGAGCUAGCCUAUCAGGAGGCCAUGUUAAACAUGGCCAGGCUUAACAGAACAGCGGCAGGUCUGAUGCACACGUUCAACGCACACGCGGCCACCGACAUCACGGGCUUCGGCAUUUUGGGUCAUGCGCAGAACCUCGCCAGACAGCAGCGCACCGAAGUCUCCUUCGUCAUCCAUAACCUACCCGUCCUCGCCAAGAUGGCUGCCGUCAGCAAAGCCUGCGGGAACAUGUUCGGCCUAAUGCACGGCACCUGCCCGGAGACCUCAGGAGGUCUGCUGAUCUGUCUCCCGCGUGAGCAAGCCGCUCGCUUCUGCGCAGAGAUCAAAUCUCCAAAAUACGGUGAGGGACACCAGGCCUGGAUCAUCGGCAUCGUAGAGAAAGGCAACCGCACAGCCCGCAUUAUCGACAAACCCCGCAUCAUCGAGGUUGCACCCCAGGUGGCCACGCAGAACGUCAACACCACCCCGGGAACAACAUCCUAAAGCUGACCCCCACAACUCUUGAACAUUUAGCACGCUCUAGCACCACCACAGCGUAGAAACACACCAACUGCCCACUAUGACCUUCCGGCAGAUACUACAUGGACACACUUAAGAGUUAAAAAAAAAAAGUAACAGGGAAUUUUUUUUGCAUCAGUAUGUUUUCUGUUACAAAAUGUCACAGAAGCACCCAAUUUUAUGGCAGCUUCUACAGUGAAUGAAGAGUAUGGUGAUAAUCUGAUACUGUGGUUCAUUAUGAAUCUCUUCUACUCCUUUUCAAUUGGAAAUUAUGCCCCAGUUCACCCAUAAUGGCCCACUGACAAGCGUACAUUAUAGCAAUAUAUAUUGUUUUGCUUUGGACGCUCCACGUGCCAGCAGUAGUUCAGACUGUAGCCAAUAUGUUGAGCGAUAGACAAAGUGAGUGGUUUUUUUUUUUUUACUUUUGUAUAAUAUGUCCCUGGACUAAUCUAAAUAAAGUGACCCAUGCCUGUUUUUUUUUUUUUAACGGGCUGAAAGAAUCAGAAGUGAUUAAACACUGUCCCCUAUCUUUCAAGGUGUACCGUGUCUGCCUAUAAUGGUGAUGAAUGUAAACAGUGUCGAUGCAGUUUAUAUAUUGUAAGACGUUCACUGUUUAGAACAGAAUUCAGUUCUUCUGUGAUAGAGUUUUUAUAUUCCCCUAUACAAAACCCUAUUAUUCCCCCUCUAUGUCGCGCUCUCUUCCCUUUUUUUUUUUUUUGAUUCACCAACAGUAACAUAUAUCUUUAUGCCCCUUGAAUAAAUCUGAUCUUUUUUUUUUA